AUGGUUGCUCCAGUGUUCUCCAUACUGGGGUACAUCUACUCUCUUAGCCUCCUGCUCCUGCUGCUGCCUGGUUGGAGCCAGGGCAGUCCCAUCAUGUCCCCUGAGGAGCCUCGACGGGGCCCGGGGGCCAGGGAUCUGGUGGAUACCUCCAUGUUGGAGCAGGAUCAGGAUGUAGACCUGGACAUGCAGGACUUUCUGGGUCAGUUUCUGUCUACGUUGAACCUCACAGAACUGGGGCCCCGGGCAAGGCCCCGUGCCGCCCGUAAAGAGCCACCAGAAUACAUGCUGGAACUGUACAACCGCUUUGCCAACGAUCACAAAGCGGUGCCCUCUGCCAACAUAGUUCGUAGUUUCAAGAAUGAAGGUAGAACACUUACUUUUAUUUGUCUGAAGACAUUUUAAAUGUAAUUUGUUUGACAUUUUCUUACUUUUAUCAUCCUGAAAAUGUAUCUUUGGAUAUGAUUAAUUGUUUAUUGAGCUAACAUUAUAAAGACACUCAAAUUAGUUUUGUUUAAUUUGAGAACUAUAGCAUUAUACAAUUUAUUGACUAAUAAAACUUAAAAAGUAUGUUGAAAGGUAUACAUAGCUGUUUGUUUUCUUUUAGAAAAGUUAAGAUUUGACUGUAACUGUAAAUCACUCUUUGUUUUGGGCUCAGGUUAACUGAGGUUGACUUUAAAGCAUUCAAAGUCUUAUGAAGUUCAGCCCUAAAUUGACAAGAAUAAAAUAUUUUAUUUGCCCUUAAAGAAACGUUUACUAAAUUGAAAUUUAGUAGGUGCUUAUUUCCUCUUCUUGAAGUCAGAUGAUAUGAUUGCAAUAAAAUCUAACCAUUUACAAAAGAGCUAAAAUUAAACCCUUAUAAUUGAUGCAUUAUUUCAUAUCAAAUUGAUUAAAUCCAAUUUAAAUCUAAACCCAAUUCAGACCUUCAUUGAUAUUUUAAUUCCAGAUUCCUCCCCCUACAGUGUGACGGUCAGGGGCAUGAGGACACACCCCCUGCUGUUCAACAUCUCCAUCCCCCACCAUGAGCACAUCUUCACCGCCGAGCUCCGCCUCAACACCCUGGUCCAGAGGGACCGCAGACGCUACGCCGGCCUUGACCGCAAGGUGACAGUCUACAAGAUACACAAGGGGGGGCACUGGAGGAAAGAAGAGGGGAGGGACGGAAAAAGGAAUGAGCAGGAGACAGCCGAAAUUGAGGAAAUGGAGGAGAUGGAGGAGCUGGCAACCCGGCACAUCUACGGUAAAGAUGAUGUCUGUGUUACCUUCGACCUGACCAAUCAGGUCAACCUUUGGCGGAAGGAAGAGAGCUCCACCCACCGACUGGAGGUCCACAUUGCAAGUCUGAGGUGCAAAGGUGGGAAGACCCGCCAGGAGGUCAGAAAAGAGGAUGGAAGGAAAGAGUUGGUUGAUGUGGAUGUUGACAUGGGCUCGGAUGGUAAACACAAGCCAGUGGUGAUUGUGUUCUCAGAUGAUCAAAGCAGAGACCAUCGUGAGGAGGACAAGGGGGAGCUCAACCAGAUGAUGGAACAUGAGAACGACCUGCCGGCUGACCUGGAGCUGAGUCCACACGGGAACCGGGGGGACCAGGCUGGGAGCGAUGCUAGGAACACUGGUGGAGAGGAGCUGGAUGAGGAGACUCUCAUGCAACUGCACUCCAACCUCAUUUACGACACUCCUCUCCGAAUCCGCCGCAACGCCAAGGGUGACCCCUGUAAGAAGAUCCCUCUCUAUGUGGAGUUUAAGGACAUUGGCUGGGAUACCUGGGUCAUACAGCCCAUGGGCUAUGAAGCCUACGAGUGCAAUGGUGUAUGCAGCUACCCUAUGACCUCUGAGGUCUCGCCUACCAAGCACGCCAUUGUCCAGACUCGGCUGAGCAGUAAGAUUCCACAGAGGGUGUCACCAGCCUGCUGUGUUCCCACCAAGCUACAGCCCAUCUCACUCCUUUACGAGGAUGGAGGAGUGGUCACAUACAAGCACAAGUACGAGGGCAUGGUGGUGGCAGAGUGCGGCUGUAGAUAG